UCAGUUCAAUGUUACAUCUGUUGUAUGUUACGUAUCUACAAAGCAUUAUGUUAUGUAAGUUUUUAUUUCCUUCAUUAAAAACCAAAGGGCAGGGGUAUAUGUAAUGUGAUAAAUGUGGUCUGGUUUCAUAACCUCCAGGGUAGAUAAGACCCAGCCAUAAACUCAAGUCACUGUUUAUAAAACAAGCAAAUCCCCCUCUUGCUGAGACAUCGCACCUGUUACUGUAAACCUUACUAUUGCUACAGUCCUGGAAGAGAAGCUGAUCACCAUGGGAGGUCAUGAUCCUGGCCGCAUGGCUGUCAUCUUGCUGUCUGUUCUGUUAUUUUUAGUUAUCAUCGUGUUCAAUGCCUUGGCCAGCACUGGAGUGUACCCGUUCCUGGAGUCCACAGCCAAUGUGUCGGCCAUGUUUGACACUCAGAUCACCCCAUCAGGAUGGACCUUCUCAAUCUGGGGAGUCAUCUAUAGCUGGCUCUCUGCCAUGCUGUGCUACAUCCUCUCCGGACUCUGCAGAAAGAAUGCGUAUGGGUGGAUGUACUGCAGGCCCUCUGUUCUGCCUUAUGGCUUCUACGUGUCCUGGCUCCUCAACAUGGUUUUCAAUGUUACCUGGCUUUUCCUGUGGGACCGUGCACUGGGGAACACCAUGCUGAUGAUUCCUGCUUUUGUGAUUCUGUUCCUGGUUGCCCUGACCAACUACAUGAUGAUUAUCUACUCCUGCCAUGCACUCCAUACCUUCGGAGCCUGGCUGGACAAAAACCAUAAAAUGGAUCUCUGGCUAAUAAGGGUGUUAGUCCAGAACGGCUUGUGUGUUUACUCAACAUGGACUACUAUAGCCAGCCUGAUUAACUUCACCAUAGUGAUGAACUAUAAUGCUGAUCUUACAGCCAUGGAUGCUGCCACAGUGUCUCUGUCCAUCCUGACCGCUGAGGUCCUUGUAUGGUUCAUCCUUGAGAACUUUGUGUUUGAGAAGCACAUGCGCUACAUCCUGACCAUCUACCCUGUGGUGAUCCUGGCUUUGUGUGGGAACAUGACCAAGAACUAUGACGAAGCAGCUCCCAGCCGAAACGCAUACUUCACUGCUGUUCUACUGGGUGUUGCCAUUACUUUGUUCGUGGUGCGGGUCUGUCUGGUGGUCUGGAGGCACAUCAAGGAGCCACUUUAUAAAGACCAAUGCCUUGCAGAAGCUGUGUCACCCAUGGAGAUCGCUGUGAAGAAGAAUAAACUUUUUCUUUAGAUUGAUUGUGUAACAUGUUUCCUACAGAGGGAGUGUACUGUACAUCUAUACAGGGAUGUGAGCAUACUGUAUGUCUAUAGAUGGAUGUGAGUGUACUGUAAAUCUAAACUUUAUCAUCAUGCUUUGUAAUAGAAUAAAAGAAAUAUACAGCAUGUCAUGCUAUGUAACUGACAACGACUGACUUAUUUUUUAAAUGUUUUUUACAUAAUGUUUUUUUAAAUGAAGCUUUUUCAUUGAUAAACAAACUUGCUUUAUUAUUUGCAUAUUGGGUUUUAUCGUUUCAAUGAAUAUAACCACAUAUAGCAGUUGUAAAAUAAAUGCCUGAGCAAAGUUCCUUUUUCCUGGGUAAAUUGAAGUAAUUUUUUCUGAGGUUCUCCCACACAUGAUUUGGAACAUGUUAGGCACAAAUCUGUAAAUCUGUCCAUGAUUUGGAACAUGUUAGGCACAAAUCUGUAAAUCUGUCCAUGAUUUGGAACAUGUUAGGCACAAAUCUGUAAAUCUGUCCAUGAUAUUUAUAUAAGUGACUACUUUCUGCUCAAUGUCAAAUGACCCUUACUAAUAAAAUGCAAAGCAUUAGAACAUUACAAUAGAAGUCAUUCACUUUUCUGUUUUACAAAUCCCUGUACAUUUCUAAGCCAGAGUGCCUUGAGGGCUUUGCCAUGAACCCCAAACCAAAUCCUUGACCCUACCCACCUGUUCAGCCUGCCCUCCAUUGUUUGCUUGAGUUAUUUAAUAACUUGCAUGUCUUUAAAUCAUAAACAAUGCCUGUGUCAUAUGGUUAAGAACGCCGGUCCUUUCUUGGUGCCUUGGACACUGCAUUGUCAGACACUCACCUCUACAACCUCAAUGAUUUUCUCCCCCUCAGCUUUAGCAUACUUGUGUCAAAGGUAUGUGUCAAUGCGCUAAUGAUUGAGUGCGAGGACUGAGAUACCAGUGUGUACAGUAAACAGUUAUGGGAACUGUAAUACAUUGAGGACUAAUACAAAAUGGAUGUAGACAUGGCAUAAAUGUCCCCCUUGAAAGAGCCAAGUAAGACAUUGAUGCAAUGAUUAUCUCACAAAGGGACU